AUGUUAUCUCCGAAUGCCUCGUACCACGAGAUGCAAUUAGCUUCAAUUGCAUAUAAGGCCAUUGAAACCAUCAAACCAAUACAACCUAUAAUAUCCGUUAAAAGCACGUUUAACUGUUGGUUCCUGCCAAAUCGAACUUCUGACAAAUCACGCGUCUAUCAACCCCGUCUGAAAGAGCAUCAGAAUUAA